UGUAGGUGCGACUGCGUGUGCGCGGAAGGUUUGCGGAGAUUGGCCUUUGUGUUCCGGAAGAGGAGGACGUGUCCGGUGUUGUCUAGAUGUUGUUGUGGUUUAGCAGAAAGAAGUAAAAUGGACUUUUCGUGCCAACAACAGAAUGAAUGUAUAAGGAGCUCAGUUGCUUGUAACUGGAACUUGGCAGAAGCACAGCAAAAACUGAAUAGUUUGGCACUUCAUAAUUCAGAGUCUUUAGAUCAAGAACAGGCCACAGCUCAGACAGGGGCAUCUGAACUGAAACGUAGUGAAGAAGAAUGGAGAAGAAAAGAAGAUUUGCUGCCUCCCAAUGAGAGCUGGGGACUGCCCACCUCAGAGGCUCUUAGUCAAGAUGUAUUUAACAAGAGUUUUAUAAAUCAGGUUAAGAAAACAAAAGUAGAGGAUGAAGAUCAAUCAUUAUCUUUUAUACAGAAAUAUGAGGAGAAAAUUCGACAUUUUGGAAUGCUCAGUAGAUGGAAUGACAGCCAAUGUUUUUUGUCUGAAUAUCCAGACCUUGUUUGUGAAGAAACAGCUAGGUAUCUGCACUGGUGGUGUAUCCAUCUAGAAGGUGAACAGAAGAAAGCACUAAUGGAACAAGUUGCUCAUCAAGCAGUUGUUAUGAAAUUUAUUAUAGAAAUGGCAAACAGUUGCAGCGUUGAUCCAAGAGGUUGUUUUCGCCUGUUUUUCCAAAAAGCCAAAACAGAGGAGGAAGGGUAUUUUGAAGCCUUUAAAAAUGAACUUGAAUCAUUCAAAUCAAGAGUGCGCAUACAUGCCGAAACCCAGAGAUCUGAAGCAGUGUUACAAAAUCCUUAUUUGCUUCCAAAUAUUGGACAUAUGGCUAUGCAGCAAUUUAAACAGGGUGUUUUACAUUAUCAUCCCAACACAGAUAUGGGCCAUAAGAAUCCAACAGAGGAAACAGAAGAUGAUGAUUCAAAGAUGAUGGAUAUUCAAUAACAUCAAGCACCAGAGACAAUAAUAUCUAUCUAUACAGCUACACGCGGUGUGACUGUUAAUGACAUUUAAUGCUGCACUUUAAUUUUUAUUUUUUUAUUAUUUUUUUUGGAGCAGAAAAAUACUCCGAAUAAAUUUGUGGUGUUUUACAGCGUGAAUAUUUUGCUGCUAUUUUUCUCAUAUUAAAGAGAAUGGAAAUGAAUACAAUCCUACUACCACUUGCAUACAUUUGCCUUCAACCUGCUACUUUGGUUUUUAUCAGGAAAAAAAACAUUUAAAAACUUGAAUAAAAAUUCUAUUUACAAUAUGAAA